GUGGCACGCUAACUCGGGAGUGUACUUAAGGCCGCGUCUCACCAACUACUCGGAGUAGUUUGGCUGCUUGACCUUUGUACUGUGCUUGUGCUGUGGUCGCGGACGACGAUGGCUGCGCGGUGCUGGGUAUGGGGCUUCGUCGUCGCGCUCCUGGCUGUGGCGGCGGCGGCGGAUGGGGAGGAGGAGGAGGGGAAGUGGGAGCCGCUGAUUCGGAUGCCGACGGAGGAAGGGGACGACGCUGAGGCUGCUGCUCCCGCUCCUGCUCCUGCGGCGGCGGAUUACGGGGGGACGAGGUGGGCGGUGCUCGUCGCCGGCUCCUCCGGCUACGGGAACUACCGGCACCAGGCCGAUGUGUGCCAUGCGUACCAGAUUCUGCAGAAGGGAGGAGUGAAGGAGGAGAACAUUGUGGUGUUUAUGUAUGAUGACAUUGCCCAUAACAUUCUCAAUCCAAGGCCUGGGACCAUCAUCAACCAUCCUAAAGGUGGAGAUGUUUAUGCUGGUGUUCCAAAGGACUACACUGGUCACCAGGUCACCACUGAGAACUUCUUUGCUGUUCUCUUGGGCAAUAAAACCGCAGUUACUGGAGGGAGUGGGAAGGUUAUAGACAGCAAACCAGAGGAUCACAUCUUCAUCUAUUACUCAGAUCAUGGGGGUCCUGGAGUUCUUGGUAUGCCUAACCUGCCGUAUCUUUAUGCUGGUGAUUUUAUUAAAGUGUUACAAAAGAAACAUGCUUCCAACAGCUACUCGAAAAUGGUUAUAUAUGUCGAAGCAUGUGAAAGUGGCAGUAUCUUCGAGGGCUUAAUGCCAGAAAAUCUUAAUAUUUAUGUCACAACAGCAUCCAAUGCAGUUGAGAAUAGUUGGGGAACAUACUGCCCUGGGGAGGAACCAUCACCUCCUCCUGAAUAUAUUACAUGUCUAGGUGACAUGUACAGUGUUGCUUGGAUGGAGGACAGUGAGACUCAUAAUCUAAAGAAGGAAACUAUCGAGGAUCAGUAUGAGCUGGUUAAAAAAAGAACAUCAAAUGCAAAUAAGUUAAAUGAGGGCUCUCAUGUCAUGGAAUAUGGUGACAAGACAUUCAAGGAUGAGAAGCUCUUCCUCUAUCAAGGUUUUAAUCCUGCAAAUGGCAACAUCACAAAUGAAUUGAUUUGGCCAGUACCAAAGGCUACAGUCAAUCAAAGAGAUGCCGAUCUUCUUUUCAUGUGGAAGAGGUAUGAGCAGUUGAAUGGGGUGUCUGAAGACAAGCUGAGGGCUCUUAGGGAGAUAGAAGACACCAUAGCACACAGGAAGCAUCUUGACAGCAGUAUCGAUUUCAUCGGGAAGCUUGUGUUUGGUUUUGAAAAUGGGCCUUUAGCCCUUGAGGCUGCAAGAAGCUCUGGUCAACCAUUAGUCGACAACUGGGAUUGUUUGAAGAAGAUGGUGCGAAUUUUUGAAUCUCAAUGUGGAUCACUCACUCAGUAUGGCAUGAAAUACAUGAGAGCAUUUGCAAACAUAUGCAACAACGGUGUCUCUGAGGCCAAAAUGAUGGAAGCAAGUAUCAACGCUUGCGGCCGUUACAACUCGGCGAGAUGGAGCCCAAUGACUGAAGGAGGACACAGUGCUUGAUCCCCGGCUAUAUACAGGUAAAAUUGAAUACCAAAGGCCCCGGAGGUUUGCAGACCUCAUUUGUGUGAACUUCUGUAUAUACCAUGGAGACAACAAUAUAGCUAGCGACCCAACAAUAUGGCCCCUUGUGUGAUGGCUAAUCAGUAGGUGUCAUAUGCUUGUUGUACCCAACAAUAUGGCUUGUGUGUGAUGUGGCCCUCUGUAAAUUACUCGAUUAGCAAUCGAUCCAAGAAUGAUUAUGACCAAAUAUGUGCA